AAAUUUCUCAGAGGUUAGUGGAAGCUAGUCGUAGUCACCGGAAGAGGUGAUGAAAUCAUAGUGUGAGUGUAUAAAAUAGACAAGAUUUAUAUUUUUAGCAGUAGAUCUACUGCUGCUAUUCAAGUCCUUUCAAUCAAUGGCUGGCUUCCUUUCCAGUAUUCUCUUCUGUGUAGUCAUCAUAGCCACAGCAUGGAGUCGGCAACCAUUAAUUCGAGCUCCCUAUGGAUUGGCAAAAACUGGUAGUUUCAUCAUUGUCUUAAAAAAAAGGCUCAUCUGAAUCCAAGCUAGAAGAAGUGAUCACAAAGAUAAAGAAUCUUACAGACGAGGCACAGAUACAACGCUACACUGAGUUUAUCGAGAAGACUAUAACUGUGAAGAUUCCAAGAGAUACCCUUAGAAAGGUUCGUGAUUUUCCUGAAGUUGACCACAUUGAAGAAGAGGACAUGGCAUAUGGAUCGCAAAGUUCUGGAAAUGAAAAUGAAAAAACAGAUCCUAACUGGUUUUUGGAUCAUCUGAACGUGCCUGUUGAUCGAUAUGAGGAGGCAACUGUUGAUGUGUAUGUUCUGGACACAGGAAUUCAAUUUGAACAUUCAGAAUUUGAGAAUCGAGCCAAGUAUUCUGGUUACGAUCCGGUGGAUGAGUACCAGUACACCGUACUGAAAACACCUGAUUACAAGCCACAAAGGGGAAGAGACUGCAAUGGGCACGGAACUUUAGUGGCAAGUUUGAUCGGUGGAAAGACAUACGGUGUCGCAAAGACUGUAAAUCUUUUCAGUGUUCGAGUGCUUGGGUGUGACAGAACUGCACCUUGGAGUAUUGUUCUUGAUGGACUUAACUUUGUGGCAAGUGAGGCUUCUAAUAGCAGAAGGCCAGCUGUCAUCAUAAUGUCCCUAAGUGGUAGCGCGCAUGUUUCAGUAGACUCGUCUAUUGAAAUGAUAUUGAAGGAGAGAAAUAUUUUGGUGGUCACACCUGCUGGAAACUCGGUAAAACACAGAGAUGCUUGUGACCAUUCACCGGCACGAAAUCCUGGAGUUCUCACUGUUGGUGCUAUUGACCAAAAUAACAAGAUAACUCGAGACUCUAACUAUGGAGCUUGUGUUGAUAUCUUUGCUCCAGGAGAAAGUAUAACAGGAGCUGCACACACUUGUCCAACAUGCACAGUAGAUGGCGCCAGUGGUACCAGCCUUGCUGCUGCAUUAGUUUGUGGCAUAGCUGCUGUUCACCUUUCUCGUUCUCCGUUGAUUGACCCAUUGACUCUAAGACAGAAGCUCAUUGACAUUUCAUCUGUAGGUUUGAUCAACUUUACAUCGGAUUCUGAGGCAACUUCUCCAAACCGACUAGCUACUUUCGACGGAAAAGUCAUACUAAAGGCUGGAUUAUCAUCAGCUUCUCUACAGUCAACAAACUUUCCGAGCAUGUACCCAAACAGUCUCGAGUGCAAGUGGACAAUCGUUGCAAAUAAGGGACAAUAUAUUGAACUUACAUUUGAGUUUAUAAAACUGGAAGAAGACUAUGACUUUCUGACUAUCAAAUCUGGUUCCUCCAUCACACGUUUGACCGGUGAUUAUGGAGAGAUCAUGUGUGGAUAUGUAUCAAAUUCCAGUUAUCUUGAACUUUAUUUACACACUGAUGCCACAACUAGCUCUGUGGGAUUCAAAGCUGCUUACAUAGCUGUCAACGAGAGCUCGUCAGUUGAAGAGUGUGUGAAGCCUAUUGUGAAUGACAUAGUGCAGUUGGAUGUUCUGGGAGCAGGACAUCAGUUUGGCAAUAGGUUUUCAAUGAGCAAAGAUUGGAAAGAAUUCUUUGGUGGUCGCAGAUGUGGAAUGAACGUGGCUGUCCUUCAUGAAGAUUCCGGUGAAAUUGUUCUUCAAGAGAAUUACGAUAUUGAUACAGAUUAUAAGCGAGAACUAGAGCUAGCUAGAAGGAUUGAAAACAUAAGACCUGGUUCUAUAGUUGCAAUGACUACUUGUGGACAAGCAAUUUAUCUUACAUUACGUACAGAGCGAGCUAUCGCCACUCUUGGCUCUUCACUAAUACAGGACCUCUAUAACAAUGGUGGCACUUGGGCAAUGAUUGGUGUAAAAGGUUUCCAGCCAGGAAAAGCAAUUGAGAAGAUUAGCAGUACAUCAACGGUGGAACUAUCAACUCAAGUGAAGCUGCAGCCUUACCGUGAAGUUGGAGUACCUAUCUUCGUGCAGUCAACUGGAAUCAGGUUCAAUAACCAUGCGAAAAUAAUGAUUGACGAUGCUGAAAUAGAACUUCACCCUGAUAUAACCAACACCAGCGGACUUUAUGUUGUGACUGUACAUGAAAAAUCUGGUGAAGUGUUGGACAACAGGCUAUUCAAGACACACUUCGAAGCUUUAGCGUCAUCUCCAUUUAACGAUUUUGCUGAUUUCAUUAAUGCUGUACCCAAAGGUCGCAUUGUAGCUAUUGCUUCCAAUUUAGUGGACACCUUUGCUAAUCUAUCGGAAGAUGCAAAGCGUGCGUGUGAGAGUAUCGGUAGUCGACUCAUAAGACAAGUUGAAGUUGGAGGCUCUUGGGCUAUUGUUGGACGCAAAGGUGCUUCGAUAGGCACUGUUCCCGAGUCUGCUAGCAACUGUGCCGAUACACAAGCACUCUACUAUCUUCCCGUAACUAAAUUCAGUGCUGAUGAAUUGUGCUCAAUAUCUGUUACAACGUCCAGUUUUGUUUAUGGUGAUAAUAAAUGUUAUAAAGGCGGUGUUUCGUCAUAUUUAUCGGUAGGCGAUCAAGUACAUCCAUUCAAUAAGUCUACAUCUCGGGGAAUUACUUUGGCUAUUGUUAGCACAGAUUCCUGUACUAUUGACCAAGUUUACACAUUUGAUACUCACGAUUCAGAGACUGCAUCUCAGGAGUUAGUGUCUUUCCUUAAUGCAGUGAUAGAAGGCCAGCUAGUUGUAGCAACUAUUUAUGAUGAAGGCGCUAAUAAUCUGGAAAGAAAUGCCGAAAUUGCUCUUGAAAGCAUUGGAAGUGCAAUGAUACGAAAUGUGAAAUACAGAGAUGCCUGGGCCAUCAUUGGGAGGAAGGGAGCUACACUGGGCUCUGUUCCUGAGAUAUAUGAUAAAAACUCGGCAUCCAUCGGAUAUCAUGCAUAUCAAACUCCAUUUUUCAGAUUUGGACUGCCCAUUAUGGUACAAUCUGCAGGAACCACACAUGGUAAUUACGCAAAGAUACUCUCUCGAGGCCAGAUCGCAAAUGGUGGCAGCAGUACUACGGGACUAAACGUGAUUUUAUUGGAUGAAAAGUCAGGUCAGAUUUUAGAGAGCAGAAACUUCAAGACACAAACAGAUACCUCUGAUUCUGAAAACUUAGUGAACUUUAUCACCUCCCUUCCCGAUGGUCGCAUUGUUGCCAUGGCGAUAAAGGGAGACGCCAUUGCUCACCUCUCGGAAGAUGCAAAGCAUGCAUGUGAGAGUAUUGGUAGUCGACAUAUAAGACAAGUUGAAGUUGGAGGCUCCUGGGCUAUUGUUGGGCGCAAAGGUGCUUCGAUAGGCACUGUUCCUGAGUCAGCUAGCAACUGUGCAAAUGCACAAGCACUAUACUACCUUCCAAUCGAUACCAACACUAACGACUCUUGCAGAAUAUCUGUUACAACAUCUGGUUUUGUUAGCGGUGCUCGUGACUAUGAAUGCGAGCUUGGUGGUGUUUCAUCUUAUUUGUCAGUGGGUAGUCAAAUACACCCAUCUAGUGGACCCUUAACUCGAGGAAUUACUCUGGCUAUUGUUAACGAAGACGCAUGCUCAAUUGAUAAAGUUCAAACGUUUGAUACGUAUGGAUCAUUAAAUGGUUCUGAGAGUUUAGUGACCUUUCUCAGUGCUGUGACAGAAGGCCAGAUAGUGAUAGGAACAGUUUUUGAUGAAGCCAGCCAUCAGCUAAGCGAAUAUGCCAAGAUUGCUCUUGAAGGUAUUGGAAGUUCUCUGAUAAGAAAUGUGAGGCACAGAGAUGCCUGGGCCAUCAUAGGGAGGAAGGGGGCUGCGAAACGCUCUGUUCUGGAAACUCAUGAUCUGUAUACUGCAUCUAUUGGAUAUCACGCUCCAAGGCGUUUCUCAUCAGAAACAACUGACCGCGGUAAUUCAUGUGAUCGCGCACUUUACCUAAACUGUUAGGCUGCAAUAUUGAAACUUCCCUAAGUGGGGCUGAAUUGUACUACGAUUAAGCUUAGCUACAUUUCUGCAAGACUAGAUCCAGAUUUAAAUUUUGUUGGUGCCAAUUGAAAUGAUAUAUAAUUAUACAUACCAUGCAA